AUGGUGCCCCCUCCUCCGGGCAUACCUUCGCGGUUCCCUUGCUGGUGCAGGGCGGUGUACUCUUACGGGGGAGAGUCAAAACGAGAUCUCGGUUUCAUAGAAGGCGACCUGAUCGAAUGUCUCAACGCCGGCGACGGAUCGUGGUGGACGGGCAGACUGCGCCGCGAUAGGAGAAUGGUCGGCCUCUUCCCGUCCAACUUCGUCGAGGUCCUUCCAGACGACUUCAGGCCCGUCAGCAGGUCCACGAGUCCCAUGCCAGCGCCCCAGAGCACGCCCAGCCCCAAGAACACCCCUCAGAAGGCUAAGACCUUUCGAAAGCCAUUCGAGGCCUAUUCCAAAGCACCACAUUAUACCACCGCAAAGCAGCCAGAGACAUACAGACAGAGUCCUGUCAGGGCAUCAACGGAAACCUCGACACCAUCACAGUCACUCUUCAGGCAAUCAAAUCGAAGCGUGCAGUCAGAUAUAGAGAGAAUACACACACCACCUCGCGUCCGCGGUUACGGGUCCAGACAGCCCUCCCCCGCCCUCGGGCCUGCAUUCGUGCCCGCGCACUCACCUAUGCCCUCCUACAAUGGGCAGUUCCAACCACCGCAAUUUACUGACCCUUUUGACGGCCAGGACGAUGCGCCGCCUCCGCCGCCUCCUCAUCGACAUGUUGGUGUCCAAAAACAUGGUUCAAGCCUCUCAUACGACAGCCACAUACAACCAAGGCUUUCGGGAGAAGUUAGCAGGCAUGGCUCGACCCUUUCGUAUGACGGCAGGAUACCAGCCGAGCUCAGUAGACACGGCUCCCGCGCCUCUUAUGAUAGCAGAAUACCAUCCGAUCUGGGCCGGCAUGGAUCUCACGCCUCUUAUGAUAACCGCGUCCAUCCAGACAUCAGCAGGCAUAGUUCGCAGGCUUCAUAUGACGAUCGGGCCGGAUUCGAGCGUCGCCCAUCCAAUCUCUCAAUGCAGCAACCCAUAACAGGUUACCAUACGCCCCGAGCGGCCUCUCCCUGUCCACCUUCUCCUGGUGGCUCAGGUAAUAAUAUGACCCCUUCCCCACUCAGAGAGGCGAUGGACGGUGUGAUGGAGCAAUUGGAUGCCCUUGGAACGCGCGAGGCCGAGUCACCGGAACAAGCACCCUUUGACCCAUGGUCCCCGGAAUCCUUUGAUAUGGUUAACCAACAAUCACGAAGGAAGCGAAAAGAGUAUACGAGGCCACAGACGUCCAUUGGACUCGCCAUGCAUGCCGAUUCUGGCUACGGUACUGGGAGCGGCGGAUCGUCCCGAGAGCAGACCUACCAUGGCAGUCACGAGCAGGAUGGCCAAUUGCCCCAGCUGAGCAGCUAUGUGCAGCGGAUGGAGACGCAGAUGCGCAAUAUGCACAUGCGCAACGCGGAGAUGGCCGACGAAGCCGGUGAUGAGCCUCCACCUCCUCCACCUCCCAAGAGCCGGUUGGUCGAGAGACCCAAAUCUUCCAUGGACACUCGUGCUGACGGACCGGAUCGCAAGCUUCGACACAAGAGGUCCGCCAAGGAGGUCGGGAAGAUGAUCGGGCGGACAUUUACAACCAAGACGAACUCAUCCUCUAGUACCCGCGCAACCGAUAGCAGUUCAGCCACCCAGAGCACUAAUAGGAGUCUCAUGAGCGGCGUCUCGGCCGGUGGUAUCAGUGCUACCAGCGCAGGUAGUCUGGCGCGCAAAACUAGGGGUCGCGCCCAGAGUGCGCUUGGGAUACACGACCUCGGGCUUGACCGACCAGAAACGCCAUUCAGUGGAGUAACGUAUCACAGCAGCCACGCUUCCGAUGCUCAACGACCGCAGUCCCAGGCAGCGUUUCUAGACGACCCGAUGGGCAAUGUGGGCGGCCUUGCGCCUCCGACCCCCAAGAAGCGUGGUUUCCUGAAGAAGCUCAUGGACUCGGCCAAGACAGGGGUGGCAAGCGGACGAACCAGCAUAAUGACAGGCAGCGGCGGCUCUUUGCAGUCUUCACCUAUGCCUCCCACGAUGCCUUCGUCGACAUCAGCGGUAUCUUCAGCUGGUUUCUCAAGCCCAAUGGUUGCUAAGGAUGCCUCGCGUGACAUGGGAUUGGCUUCUGGCACAGACUGGGUCCAAGUCCGGCGGGAUGUGAACCGAUCAAAUACGCUGAGUCGCAACGAGAGAAAUGAGCGGAAGGACAGGUGUAUGAUGCUUGACUACCCAGCUCUUGAUCCAGUCGAUGAGUUAUACGGUAGUAUAGAGGGCGAUGAGGACGCGGACGGCCUGCCUGUCCAAAGGCCCACGGACUAUUCAAGCAUCAACUUCAUGAAUGUGGACAAGAACUCGCGUUUCAUCAAAAGCCUCCCACCAAUGACGACUGCAAUCACACUAUCGACGACAUACGUCUGCAGGCCAUACAGAAGUGACGUACAGCGAUUGCGGGCCAUCUUCACCUGGGUGGCCGAGAUCAUCACCUGGGAGGAGGACUACGAAGGGGAGAUCGACACGCGUCGGGUCAUACAGACAAAACGAGGCUGUGCAGAGGAGUAUGCAGUGCUGGUAAUGGAGAUGUGCGGUGCUGUUGGCCUACACUGUGAGGUAGUCCGCGGCUACCUCAAGACGCCUGGAGAAAUUCCAGAGACCAAUAUGCUACCCCGUCCAAACCACUGGUGGAAUUCUGUGCUGCUCGAUGGACAGUGGCGCAUCAUGGACUGCUGCCUCGCGAGCCCUUCCAACCCGAAGCGUGCUCUCUUCUCCAGCGUGGGCAGUGGCACCGCCGAUUUCUGGUACUUCCUGACCAGCCCAUCCGAGAUCUGUUGGACGCACAUGCCUGAGCACCACGAGCAGCAGCAUGUCUGCCCUCCCGUGGCCAACGAGAUCCUGCUCAACCUACCUUGUGCCUGCCCGCCUUACUUCAUCAAUAAUCUGCAUAUGUUCGAUUACAACACUUCCCUCACCCGGAUCGAGGACCUGGAGAUGGUGCACAUCAAAUUCAACGUGCCCGCCGACGUCGAGGUGGCUGCGGAAGUCGAGGUUCGUUCCCUUAGUCGGGACGAAGACGGUGACUUCUUUGAGAGCGGCGACGUGAUAAAGAAGCGUGCCCUGGCGCAGUGCGAGUGGUUUAGCGGCACAAAGCGUUACACGGUCAAGGCCCUGCUGCCCGGCGACGAGGGCCACGGUACUCUCAAGAUCUACGCGGGCAAGCGCGGCCUGAUGCACAGCAUCAAGGACAUCCCGCACCCGAUGGCCUUUGCGAUCCCUAUCAUUCACACGGGCGAAAACCCGUCGUACGAGUUCGUGCUGCGGCACCCCACACCACAUGCACAGCGACACGAUAUCUACGUCGUCCAGCCCCAGUGCCAACGUCUCGCCCUGAACAACACGUUCGUGUUCGCCAUCCGACAGCACCCGAGCUCAGCGCCUGACGCCAGCGGAAGCAGUAUGACGCCAUCCUCGAACCCGGGCAUUGCUAGUCCCAUCCCGUUCGUGAGGCCCGGCUCGGCCAUGAGCAUCAGCGCGACGUCGAACCCGAGCAGCUACAGUGGCAGCGGCGGAUCGGGCAGCAGCAAGCCGGCCAAGCUCGCGAUCCAGACGCCCGGUGGCAAGAUCCUGCGGCUUAUGAGGAAGGAGGACCGCCGCAACGGCGGGACUGGCGUCGGGUCGUCGGCCCGCGGCCUGACCGGCGAGGAGGAGGUCGGCGACGGGGGCACGUGGGAGACCAUCAUCAAGUGUUCCGAGCGCGGCGUCUGGAGAGGCCUGGUCCUCGCGGACCGGAUCGCGAAGUGGUGUGUCUUUGCGGAGUGGCACUGUGUUGGAUGA